UACACCACUGCGCCUUCAAAACCCCACGCAAAUAUCGGGAUCACAUAUUCCCCGCCCGCAUCUUCUUUUUUCCCGAGGACGGUGCAGUUUCGCAGCCACCAUGUCAGCCCCAGCACCGGGUGGCAGCUCGUCCCCUCCGUCAAAUAUUUCUCCUCCAUCGUCACCUCCAUCUAAUAAUCCAACCCCGACGCCUCCUACUCCCGAUCCGGCUUCUUCUCCUCCGCCAGCGACUCCUACUGCUCCACCGGCACCGCCGGUGUUUCCAUCUGAUCCUCCGGCUUCUUCGCCACCCCCGCCGCCGGAAUCGUCACCUCCCCCACAGCCACCAGUCACGCCACCAGCCCCGCCGUUAUCUUCACCUCCCCCCCAGACGCCAGCAACUCCAUCCGCGCCGCCACCAUCUUCUCCUCCGCCGCUGACUCCAGCGACACCAACUGAUCCACCGCCGUCUUCUCCUCCUCCGCAGCCGCACCCGACACCAGCUGACCCGCUAGCAUCUACUCCACCCCCGCCGGUGGCACCUGCUGCUUCGCCGCCGUCUUCUCCUCCCCCGCAGACACCGGUGACACCAGUUGCUCCGCCUCCGUCUUUUCCUCCCCCGCAGCAACCAGUGACACCUGUUGCUCCGCAGCCGUCUUUUCCUCCCCCGCAGACACCAGUGACACCAGCUGCUCCGCCGCCGUCUCCGCCUCCCCAGCAACCACCAGUGACACCAGUUGCACCGCCGCCGGCGUCUCCUCCUACACCGCAGCUGCCCGUACCUUCUCCGCCUGCACCAGUGACGCCAACGCCGUCAGCACCGGUCCCAUCUCCGCCGGUGACUCCGCCGCCAUCAGCACCGUCCUCAUCUCCGCCAGUGACGCGGCCGCCGUCAACACCGACCCCGUUGCCCACGCCAUCAACUCCGACGCAGUCGCCGCCAGUGAUCCCUGCGCCAUCAACGCCCACGCCGUCUCCUCCAGUGACGCCUGCGCCAUCAGCGCCCACGCCGUCGCCUACCCCGUCACCUCCAAUGCCGCCUACACCAUCAGCGCCCACGCCGUCGCCUCCAAUGCCGCCUGCACCUUCACCACCCACGCCAUCAUCGCCAGUGACGCCUGCACCAACGCCCACGCCGUCGCCCUUGGCCCCAGUGACGCCUGCACCAUCAGGGCCAACGCCGUCGCCACAGUCCCCUGUGACGCCAGCACCGGCAACGCCGUUCCCGCCUCCUCCGGUGACUCCAGUGCCACCAACGCCGUCCCCGCCAUCUCCAUCAACGCCGGCGCCGCCAUUGCCUUCGCCACCUUCUCCUGUGACGCCCGCACCACCAGUGCCAUCCCCGCCUUCUAUGCCGGUACCAACGCCGUCCCCGCCAUCUCCAUCAAUGCCAGCGCCGCCUCUACCUUCACCGCCAUCUCCAUUGACGCCCGGGCCACCAAUGCCAUCCCCGCCUUCUACGCCGGUACCAACGCCGUCCCCGCCAUCUCCAUCAAUGCCAGCGCCGCCUCUACCUUCACCGCCAUCUCCAUCGACACCCGGGCCACCAAUGCCAUCCCCACCUUCACCUGUAAUGCCCGCGCCACCAAUGCCAUCCCCACCUUCUCCUGUGACGCCGGUACCAACGUCCUCCCCGCCAUCUCCAUCAAUGCCGACGCCACCAUUACCUUCACCGCCAUCUCCAUCGACGCCGGGGCCACCAAUGCCAUCCCCGCCUUCUCCGGUGACGCCUGCGCCACCAAGGCCGUCACCAACUCCACCGGGCGUUCCAACCCCGACGAUACCACCGUCCGCGCCAACGACACCGGUGCCACCACCCACACCACCAUCUCCACGUCGGCCUGAUCCUCCAGCGGCGCCCAUACAGCCGCCCUCUCCGCCUUGGGUAACACCACCUCCUCAUGGCCCUGCUCCUCCUGGCGUAACCCCGUCGCCCCCAAGUGGCGUAGCGCCUCCCCCGCCAUCACGCUCACCUCCGUCGCCAUCGACUUCAUCUGGGACGGUGAUCGGCGUCUCCGUGGCCAUCGCAACAGUGGUUGUGCUCGGCCUCGUGGCCGGGCUUAUCUACUUCUGCUCGAAGAAGCGCCGCCAACGCCGUGGCGGCCGCCGCCCCUCCCCGCCGGACCCACGGCUGCCGGUGACGUCGUCGCACCCGAGGACGCCAUCAGCGCCCUUACAAGCUCGGCCGCAACUGUUCUCACAACAGAUGCGCCCGUCGUGGCAAAGCAGCGACACCCCCUCCGCCCCCCUGGGCCCGCCGCCCCCGCCCCCGCCGGUCACCGGCGGCACGGUCUCGUACGCCGAACUGGCCGCGGCGACGGGCGGGUUCGCGGACGCCAGCCUGCUGGGGCAGGGCGGGUUCGGGCACGUGUACCGCGGCACGCUGCCGGGCGCGGGGGAGGUGGCCAUCAAGCGGCUGCGGACCGGGAGCGGGCAGGGCCACCGCGAGUUCCGCGCCGAGGUGGAGAUCAUCAGCCGCGUGCACCACCGCCACCUCGUCUCCCUCGUCGGUUACUGCAUCCACGCCGACCAGCGCCUGCUCGUCUACGAGUACGUGCCCAACAAGACGCUCGAGUUCCACCUGCACGGGAGCGACCAGCCGUCGUUGGACUGGCCGCAGAGGUGGAAGAUCGCGCUCGGAUCGGCGAAGGGACUGGCCUACCUGCACGAGGACUGUGAUCCUAAGAUCAUUCAUCGCGAUAUCAAGGCGACCAAUAUCCUCCUGGAUUACAAUUUUGAGCCAAAGGUUUCAGACUUUGGGUUGGCCAGGAUCCAGGCCGGAGGCGACACUCAUGUCUCCACGCGAGUGAUGGGAACCUUCGGAUACUUGGCGCCAGAGUACGCCUCCAGCGGCAGAGUAACUGACCGGUCCGACGUCUUCUCCUUCGGGGUCGUGCUUCUGGAGAUCAUCACCGGGAGGAAACCUGUUCUGUCAUCUGAGCCAUACAACGACGAUACUCUGAUUUCUUGGGCAAGGCCUCUACUGACAAAGGCUCUCGAAGAGGAAAUCUUCGACGAGUUGAUUGACCCAAAGCUGGAAGGUAACUACGACGCCGUCGACAUGCAGCGGAUCAUCGCCUGCGCCGCCGCCGCGGUGCGGCACACGGCGCGGUCCCGGCCGCGAAUGAGCCAGAUCGUCCGGUACCUGGAGGGCCAGCUAUCCGCCGAUGCCCUGAACGCUGGCGUCGCGCCGGGGCAGAGCGAGCUGCAGGACGAGCACGCGGGCGAGCAGUUGAGGCGGAUGAGGAGGAUGGCGUUCGUGCCGGGGGACACCGGGACUCUGACCGAGAACAUGAGCAGCAGCUACGUGAGCGAGCCGACGAGCGAGUACGGGCUGCACCCAUCCACCUCGAGCGCCAACGACGACGCCGACACGGGCGAGGUGGUGGGCACGCAGAGGACGACGGACACGGACGAGGCGGAAACGCAGAGGACGAGCCCGAGCCGGCCGCAGACGGCGUCCAGCCCGGGCACGGCCGAUGGCACGUCGGGACAGGACUCCGCCGCCGCCGUGGGGAUGAGCAGGCGCACGCGGUCCGGACGCAUCGGCGCGUGACGCUUGCAAAGAAGUUGAUUUUGCCAGGGUAGAAUGCCAGUGUCGGUCUUGUUUUUGAGUUUCGGGAUUCAUUAGGGCCGGGCAUACAAGUAAACAGGGUCAUGUGCCAGAAUUUUUCUUCAUUUUUUUUGGCUUGUUUAGAUCAUUAGGUUAUUCGUUUUUUAGGGGAAUUUUGCAGCUUUUGCCCUAAUUAAGAGCUCAGAGCUGUAAGCAUCUAUUAUAUUAUUAUUUGAGGAGA